UCGGCGUGUAUAACCUGAGGGACAAGGAAGAAGAAAGUCGACUGCCUCUAAAAUCUGCCUGCCAUUGACAAUGCUUUGAAUUCUUCCAGGUACUAUCAAGUCCCUUGUUGAGGUAAACGGAAGAAAAGGAGGAGGAGGAGGAGGGGAGGAAAAGGAGGAGGAGGAGGAGGAGGAGGAGGGGAGGAAAAGGAGGAGGAGGAGGAGGAGGAGGAGGAGGAGGAGGACGAAAGAGCAGUCGACAAGGAGAGGGAGAGGACGACAGUUCGUUGGCGGGAAACGAUGUUUCGCGCCAUUGUCUCAAGGAGUUCUACACUUGAUUGGACAAGGCGAUGGCGGGCAAAUGACCCGAGGCUGCGGACCGCGGGUGUCAAAGCGAUGGAGAGCGCGAUGGAGAGGGAGGUGGUUCGGAGAAUAGCUAUGGCUUUGCCCGAAUUUGGUGCCGUGGGUAAUUGCAAAGGCGGCCUUAAUCACCACGAACUCCCGCAGGCAGCGAUCCCCGUGAUAAUGCCACGUGGCAGCAGGCUAGAUAGUUGGAAAGCCGGAGACUGCAGAUUGGAAGAAGAAAGCAUCUCUCGGGCUAUUAGGGAGAAGAAGGUAGCAAUCCAGUUCCCAUUCCCGAUCCCGAUCCCGAUCCCGAUCCCGACUCCAGUAAUCCCGGUGAUAAUGCCAUGUGGCAGCAGACUGGAAAGCUGGAAAGGCGGAGACAGCAGAACUAGUGCACAUGGAGUCGUGAGCGUGAGCAGCUGGAGAGCAAGGGCGGUUGGGAUACCAUCGAGAACGACGACGGCUCUCGACAGCAGUCGACGGCUGAACUGUCCUCCGCCGCUGUGUGUGCCACGUGGCUUUCUCACCGGGAUUGAAAAGAGAGUUGAAUGGAUGGUUGCUUGCCCGAAAACGACCGGUCCUCGAGCGUCAUCCCAUAUCAGCGCCAGGGGGACUGCAUCUGAGCUCCAGGCAAAUCCAGUAGAGGUCUUCUCGGCGUUGGAUGUGGCUUGCAUGACCGCUGGCAGCAGAUUACGGGAGAAGAGGAGUGUCGAGAGCACAGGUGGCGCCGGGAUCGGGACCGGCAAGGUUGAAAUGUGUGGAGGAGAGGGAGGGGUACACGUGCGAGUCGGAGUCGGGAUGGGCAGUCGUCGGGACGGCAGAAUGUGUGGAGGAGAGGAGGUUGUCGGUAUGAUGACGACGGCGACGAUGAAGGCGAGUCGAAGUUUCUCGACAGCGAGCCUUGUGCCGCCACCGCUGACAGAUCCCGACUCGCUGCGAUCCCUCAGAGGUGCGACGGUUGAGGGCCGGCCGCCGGCGCUGCACAGGCUUUUGAUGUUACUGCAGGAGGAGGAGAGAAAGAGAGGGCGGCGGGGAGAGGGAGGCGGAGAUGAGAGAGGAUGGCCUGGGCGAGUAGUACUAACCGAAGGGGUCGGGAUCGGGGGCGAAGGGGGAACAAUAGAAGGAAGGGGAGGCGGCGCAGUCCCAAUGCAGGCUGGUUGGAUGGACGUGAUCUCGACACUUCUGGUAAUUAUGGGCUCAGCAGGUGUUGGGUGGUUGGCAGCGCCACCUUUGGGAUCAUAUUUCCCUGUUGUGGAUGGCGAGGACGAGUGGACCAGUGAGGACGAUAAAGAUGAUGCUGACGACAUCUGCAACAAGGGCAUACUUAGCGCCUCGUAUGAGGCCGGGCACUGCUCAGAUCCCUGCCAUCAGCAUACAGGCGUGAGGGGGUGCAGUGAGUUAUUACUCUCUGACUCUUUCAGACAGCGUGUGUUUUUUGUCUACGAAAGGAAGAUCAGAGCCUUCAGUCCGUUGGAGAAGAUUUUCGACUAUUUUGCUAGCGCAGAGACGGACUCUGGUGUUCGGGUCAUGUCUGCUGGGGACUUGAUGCGUGCUGUGGUACCAGUUCUGCCACCGUGGGCAUCAGGUGCGAUAAGAGAGGGGAAAUUGGAUGGUGAGCCUAGCCCUGGGCAUUUGCAUGGCAACCAGUCAGAGUUGUUGAUGCUAUUCGACGUGGACAAGGAUGGCUUCGUCUCCUUUCCUGAGUUCACCUUCUUUCUGUCGUUGCUGAGCGUGCCGGAUAAGAAAAUUGUGGGUGUGUUCAACCAGUUUGAUCUUGAUAAAGAUGGAGCCAUUGACCAGGGCGAGUUCAUGAAGGUGAUGGAGCGUGUCUGGGAACUGACCCGGUACAAAGCAUCGGAGAGAUUUCAAAUGCGGAAAAGAAUCGAGAUAAAGGAUCCGAAGCAUGCCCCACAGUCUAUUCUAGAUUACUUUUUUGGAAAAGAUGGGGACAAAAGGUUACAUCUUAUGGAGUUUGCAAAUUUCCUCGAUGAGAUGAAGACGGAGCUGGUGCGACUGGAAUUUGCACAUUAUGACUUCCACAAUGAAGGUAGUAUUUUGGGGAUCGAUUUCGCAAGGAGUAUGGUGGCUUCUGCGGACCUUCAGUCUGUCCCCGACCUCCUCACAAAAGCUGAAAGCCUUUUGGUUGUCAAUCCCGAGCUGGCAAAGGCGAAGAUCUCAUUUCCCGAGUUUCUGGAUUUUGUCCGAAUGCGGAGGAACUGGAAAAAACUUGCAGACGCCUUGACAAAUUUUGAGGAUGGAGUGGACGCAUCAAGAGAAGGGUUGCCGCAGAAAGCAGCUAAUGGCGAGCAGAUGAAGAGCGAGGGGGUAUCGCAAAAAGCACCUGAACUUGAAGUAAGCGCUUUGGAGCCACUGAGUCAGCAACUGUCGAGGAAGCCUCGCUAUUGUAUGACACCAGACAGAUUUAAGGCUCUCGUCAAGGAGGUCUGCGAAGUGGAAUUGUCCGAGUCCCAGUUGAAGCUGGUCUUCCACAUCUUCGAUCUGAAUGGUGACGGCAAUUUGAGCUGUCUGGAGUUUCUGACCAUGUUGCAUUCAAGAGAGGCAGUGCCGACACCUUGUGCAGUACCACCACAGCUGUUGGAGCUUGAGAAAGCUCUUGAGAAAGCUCUUGAGACAUCCUCUGAACCCUGAAUAGUCGACUAUGUUGAUAUGACCACCCGAUAAGCAGGGAGGAGGUCAGAGAUACUAUGUGGCAUUUCACAAUAGGAUAUUAAAGAGCAAGAGAUGCGAAGAUGCGGUCCGCUCAAGCACAUUGACAUGAAGCCCUCCGGUGCUUAUGAAAUGAAAAGGCAUUUAUUCA